AUGAUGGAAAAACUACUACUGCCACAAAUUCUUUCAAUAGCAAGAAUACAACCCCCUUGCGUUCUAUUUCAUUGGAAGGCCAGAAUGGAAACAAGGCUGGUGUCGUCACACGCCAACAUAUACGAAAGAAAAAAUGAAAAUGGAGGAGUUUUAACAAAGAAGCAUUCCAAAUUAAAUGUCGCAAAUAUUUCUCUGAUAACGAGUGUCCACUCGAGCGGAAUUAGGUGA